AUAGGUAUGACCUUAGAACUGAAUUUGAAAACCUUUUUAUCUGUUCAUUUGAUGACUACUAUAUGUAGAAGAUCUAGGAUUUGAACUAUUCACUUUCUAGUAUUAUGGUAUGUAUGCGUGUGUAAUACUAUACGACGUUAAUAUCUUGACUUGUGGAAUUUUGGUCAAUGAUAGAGUCAUGAAUUGGAUGUUCCUGUGAUUGAAAUGACCGUUUAUUUCUCUUCACCUCCUCCCACCUAUUUUUUUCCAAAUAUGUGCUUAUUUGUCCAAAUAUCUGAACUCUUCUAAUCAUGUGAUAUAACGGUAUUCUAUGAAUACUAUUUCAGUAUUUAUAUUUUUUAAGUCAUUGAUCUACUGCUCACGAUGAAAUAUGGAUUCAAUCCUUUGGUAUUCUCAUCACAACUAAUACACCUGUUAUCACACAAUCAAUCUAUACUCUUUGCGUAUUAUGUUUGAUUAUGUAAUCCAUUCCAAUGCUAUCAGUGACUCAUGAACUACCUUGCUUGGUUUGAUAAUUUCAUAUUUGCAUAUAAACAUCACUGUAUAUCAGAAAAAAGCAUUACUAGGAUCCGAAUGACAGCAAUACAUGAAGCGUCUGGGUACAAAUUAUGAAACCAUUUUUCAGUGUUCGCUGUUUUUGCAGUUUCGAGGAUUUCCGGACGAAUUUCCGUUCGUUGAGAUUGUAUAAUCAAAUGUUUAUCAAGAAGAAAUCAUCGUUCAGAAUCUACUAUGCAAUUCUGAAAGCAUUCGGAUUAACACUUUGUAUAAUUUUCAUAUUACAAAUAUAUUUCAUGCGUACAACUGUCAAAUAUGUUACCCUACGAAAUCGCACUGAAGAAGCAAUUAUUGUACGCAAUAUGGCACAUAUUAACUGCAAACACACAUGUCGUACUAUUUGUAAGAAUAUUGACAGUAUUCCAUCGAGUAAUGUGAGUGCAUUGAAACCAAUUGGGAAAAUGCCAUUCAAUGGUGAAUUCAAUGAAGAGAUGAACCCAAUCAACGACACAUUUUAUUCACAUGAUCUUGGUGGCGGUUGGAUGUUUAAGGAGGAGACGACGAAUUGCAACAAUGUUCCACAAUCCGGUGUAGCAAUCAUCAUUGUUUGUAGAGAUAGAUGGAAACAACUGAAUAAUACAUUGUCCGCUCUGAUUCCAGUUCUCCAGAGACAACAUUUGUGUUAUAGGAUAUUUGUUAUUGAACAACAGGGUACUGGUAUUUUGAACAAAGCUCAGUUGAUGAACAUUGGUUUUAUUGAAGCACGUAAACGUUUCGAUUUCGACUGUGUUAUAUUUCAUGAUGCCGACUUAAUACCAUUGGAUGAUAGAAUACCACAUGGUUGUGAUGAAGAGAUGAUGGAGAGUGUGGUUCAUUUGAGUGUUGGAGUGAGUUCAUGGAAUUAUGUUUUACCUUACCAAUCAUUGAUCGGUGGUGUUUUGAAAAUAUCGACUUCACACUUUAUACAAGUUAAUGGUUAUUCGAAUAGUUAUUGGGGUUGGGGUGGAGAGGACGAUGAUUUGGAGAGGCGACUGAAAGCAUCGAAAAUUAUGUAUAAACACAUUGAAAAGUCAAUAGGCAGAUAUCUGGCACAACCUCACACUAAACAGGUUCGAGCGAAUAGACGUUUAGUACUUGAUUCAGUAAGAAAUGCUGCCAGUCGUAUGUUCACUGAUGGGUUGAAUUCUGUAAAAUAUAAAGUUUCAGCCUAUUCUGAGAAGCAACACUACACACAUUUCUUAAUUACAUUAAAAUAAGUUUUCUUAAAGACUCAAUUGCCUGUUUUUCUUACCCUUAAAUAUUGUAUAACCUAGUUCUUUACACUGUGAGACAAAACUAUUUUUAUAUUGAAUGAUACUUUCAUUUAAGUAUAGAAGUAAUCAAGAAAGAAAACACUGAUGUAGUCUCAAGUUCAACAUUGUUAUAUACACGGUCAAAUCUGUAUAAUAUUCACAAAUGCACAGAAAAUUACAUCCAUAUGUAGAUAACUUAGUAUCAUUGAUGGAUCGAAUAAAAGAAUUUCUAUUCGCUAUUCAUCAUAGCGAUUUGUACAUCAUUUACUUCUGUUGUCUAUGUGUUUAGUUUUCGGUAUGUACUUUCAAACAAUAUUUCAAUUAAUUACUUAACCAUCUUUUGAAACAUUUAAUUAUAUAUCUAUACCCUAGUUACUUAACAAUUGUGCGAUAAGAAUAUAUGUAAUGAUAACUCAUAUAUAAUUGUCAGUAGUCACCAUUCAUUUAUUCUUCGUUUGCAUGUAACAUAUGUUCAGCAUGAUAUGCAACAUGUGAUUUCUUAUGAUUCUGAAUAGUUUCCAUACAUGUGACUUUUCUUUAAUUACUAAUCAGAUGGGUGUACAAAUGAUUAUAUAAAUGAGUGUAUUUUCGACUAGAAUUAUCGUUGUGAUUUUGGGGUGAAUAAAUCUUCACUUGUAUCA